AUGACCGUCGCCGUCGCCGUCCUGGCUCGCCUGUGUGAGACGAGUCUCGGUCGCAUCUCCGGUACCAGUCACAAGUGCGAUGGAAUUCCCAGGUGUAUAAGGGUUCAUUUAUUGGGAUCAUACAGCACAUCACAUGGCAACAGCACGACACACACACACACACGCGAGAAUACCACAGAGCAGGAGACGCCCCGUAACCACGGUAACCGCACACCCAGCAGCAGAGCCGGCCCGCAUGCGGCACAGAGCCGGCCCACAUGCGGCACAGAGGCGGCCCACUCCCCUGUAGAGCAGAUCAGCUGGCGGCAGCUACCGCGGACGGGAUGUGGAGUGCAGAAUGCAGGAGAGCGUCUGGACGGAGCCGUCUGGGGGCGGAGACUCUGGGGGCGUCUGGGGGCGGAGACUCUGGGGGCGGAGACUCUGGGGGCGGAGACUCUGGGGGCGGAGACUCUGGGGGCGUCUGGGGGCGGAGACUCUGGGGGCGGAGACUCUGGGGGCGGAGACUCUGGGGGCGGAGACGCUGGGGGCGGAGACUCUGGGGGCGGAGACGCUGGGGGCGGAGACGCUGGGGGCGGAGACGCUGGGGGCGGAGACUCUGGGGGCGGAGACUCUGGUGAUGCAACAUGGAACACGCUAACGUGCAGGCAGGUGCACAGGUGCAGACAGGUGAGGGUGCCCUCUAGCCCACAUACCCCCCGGGGGCACAACUGCCCUCCACUAACCACCUGUUAAAUACCCCCAGAGGUCAAAACUGCCCUCACCAACAGUGUUAAAUACCCCCAGAGGUCAAAACUGCCCUCCACCAACCACGUGUAAAAUACCCCCAGAGGUCAAAACUGCCCUCCCCAACAG